AUGCCCGCCGCUCUUCCUCCUAUCACUGGCAUGCUUCGCCGGGGCCUGGUCUUGGACCUGAGCACUGCCUUUGGUGAGUUUGUGACGUGGUUCCGAGGUGGGACGAUGAACAUGAGAGCGGAAUGUCGCGGGUCUCUCGCCAACAAUGGAUUGGAAUACAACCCCAUGGAGGAAGCACUUGGUUUCGGCACCACCUUCGGCUACCUCUGGUGGUACGGAUACCACCUCCCCCGCGUUCGUGAGCGUGACGCCUACUACUCUCGUCUGGAGCAGGAGCGCGCCGCCCAGCGGGCAUAA